CACUUUUAAAAUGUUCUCACUUUCUCUCUCUCAUAAUAUUCAACUAAGUGUGUAUAUAUAAUCUUCAUGAGCAGCUUUAUAUAUAUUGAGCAUAAUAUUAAUAUCUCUUAGAAGUGUGAGAGAACUCGUUAAGCUCUUCUUCUCUUUUCUUCUCUCUCUCAACGGACAACACGCGUUUGGAGAGAAGCUCGGUCUUUAUAUCAUCGUGCCGCAACAAUUGAUCGUGGAAAUCGGCGUUUGCGUCGUUUAUAUGGUCACCGGAGGCAAAUCUUUAAAGAAGUUUCAUGAGCUAGUUUGUGAUGAUUGUAAACCAAUCAAACUUACUUAUUUCAUCAUGAUCUUCGCUUCUGUUCACUUCGUCCUCUCCCAUCUUCCCAAUUUCAAUUCCAUCUCGGGCGUUUCUCUCGCCGCUGCCGUUAUGUCUCUCAGCUACUCAACCAUCGCAUGGGGAGCAUCAGUGAGCAAAGGCGUUCAAGAAGAUGUUCAAUAUGGUUACAAAGCAAAAUCAACAGCCGGUACGGUUUUCAAUUUCUUCAGCGGUUUAGGUGAUGUAGCGUUCGCUUACGCGGGCCACAACGUUGUCCUUGAGAUCCAAGCAACAAUCCCUUCGACGCCUGAGAAGCCUUCAAAAGGUCCUAUGUGGAAAGGAGUCAUCGUUGCUUACAUCGUCGUCGCUCUUUGUUAUUUCCCUGUGGCUCUCGUCGGAUAUUAUAUUUUCGGAAACGGUGUUGAAGACAACAUUCUCAUGUCGCUUAAGAAACCAGCAUGGUUAAUCGCGACCGCCAACAUCUUCGUCGUGAUCCAUGUCAUCGGUAGUUACCAGAUAUAUGCAAUGCCAGUAUUUGACAUGAUGGAGACUUUAUUGGUUAAGAAGCUAAAUUUCAGACCGACCAUAGCUCUUCGGUUCUGUGUCCGUAAUUUCUACGUUGCUGCAACUAUGUUUGUUGGUAUGACGUUUCCGUUCUUUGGUGGGCUUUUGGCGUUCUUUGGUGGAUUCGCGUUUGCUCCAACCACAUACUUUAUCCCUUGCGUCAUUUGGUUAGCAAUCUACAAACCCAAGAAAUACAGCUUGUCUUGGUGUGCAAACUGGGUAUGUAUCAUGUUCGGUCUUUGCCUAAUGAUUCUAUCGCCGAUCGGAGGGCUAAGAACAAUCGUUAUUCAAGCAAAGGAUUAUAAGUUUUACUCGUAAAUUUGCUAUAAUUAUAUAUGUCAUAUGACUAAUUAAGAAACAUAUUUUUAUAUGUAUGUGUGUGAAGGAGUUUUUUUAAGAGAUCAACACGAGACAUAGAAGAAUCAAUGGUCUUGUCUGAUUCUAAAAUGUAGUUUCUAGCUUUUGUAUUUUUGUGUGUUUACAUUAUAUAUAAAAAAAAUCAGGUUUCAAAUUGUUUGGUUU